GAAAGAACUUUGGGUGAGGGAGCUUCCAGCUUCCACCAAGAAUGUGAAUUAUGCAAAGAUGGUAGGAUUCAAGCUAUGAGCUGUGCAGGAUACCUGUUUCUGUAUAGCACUGACGGCAGAAUUAAAUAUUUGCUGGUUCUUCAGCUCCCACAGUUCACUGCUGACAUCCUAGCUUUCCUUGUAAAAGAACAAUUGUCUUCUACUGAUAUGAAAGACCACUAACUGUUUAUUCUGAAGCACAGGCAGACAGGACUGAAAUGACAGAUUAGAAUGAGCCAAACACUUGGUGGGAACACAAUAGCUAACGCAUAAAUAUUUUUGAGUCCAAGCUUCGAUAUUUCUCCUUAUCCUUGUGGUUUAUUUGUUCUCGUGAUUAGACAUGAAAACCUUUGAGAACAAGAGAUCUGAAACUGGUAUAAAUUAACUUUUGAAUUGUUUUGGACUCUUCAGAAAAACUAAAAAUUCUCAGUGCUCUUGUGCAUAACAAAGUGUAAACAAUACAUUUUUUUGGUCAUAUAUUAGGAGGUAUUCAAGUGCUUGCAGGAGGGAUUUGAGGUGGGUAACAAGAUUCUUCUGGCUGGCUGAAGGGUGAGAAGACUCCCCAGAAAACAACAGAAGAGUGAAUGGUAAGUCUUAAGUAGGCUUAUGCCAUUGUUGUCCUAAGACUUGGCUGGAGCCACACCACUGUGCCUUAAAAGAGAGAGGAGGAGCUGAUGGAAAGAAGCUAGAGAUGAGGUUUCUUUUAAAAAUUGUAUUAAAAUAGCCAUGGAGAGGGAAUGAAAAGAAAACAAGAUUGUUUUCUCUGUCAAAUGGUAUUUACUCAUGAGAACUUGAUGGCACGCUGACUGGAAGAACAAGGCUAGGAUACUGAGAAUGGCUGUUCAGGUGGCUGCAUCUUCUGUCAGGCAGCUUUCAAGUUACCUGGGCUGCCACAGCAGUAAGGGACUCGCUUUUGUUGUUGUUGAUGUUCUGCUUUACCAUCUGUGUUAAAAGGAAUGGUUUUGCCUUAGUAUUUUGUUUAGCGCUACCUAGGGAGUGACUAAAUACACAAACUGCUGUUCUGUUCCAUUAUGUAUGGCCAGUCUUAAACCAAGGGUUUCUGGCACCCCACAGUUACUGAAGCAUACCUAAACAAUCCAAUAGCCCUUUCCAGGAGCUGGUCAGGUCAGCUGGCUGUAGCAUAUAUGUCUUUGGAAGAAGUGCCUCGUGGGGGGUCUUACUAACCAGAAAAGUACUGUGGAUUGCCACAGCAGGGGAAGGAUUUUUCCUCACGACCUGAAUGCUAAGGGAGUUACAGUGAUUUUUUCUUAGCUCUGUUUUUAGUUACUGCAGCAGAAACUGCUAGGACAGGAUUCUGCACUACAAUAUUUCUGUUCUCCUGCCUUUGUUUUACAGCAUUUUUACAGCUCACUUAUUACAAACAGGAAAAUAUCUAUUUAAAAAUAAGAAAGUGAUGAAGUGCAAAUACCUGUCUGACAUGCUCUGUGGUCUGUUCCCUGCUGCUGAGACCUGUGAUAAGUUAGUUAUGCCAAGGUCUUGCUCUGUUGGCUGAAAGUGACUCGUGAUGUAAAAAUGAUGAUAAAACUUACAGAUGUUUGGUAUUUUUUUAGACCUGUAAUACCUUAUUUUUCUUAAACUUUAUUUAUUUUCUUGCGUACCUACAUGGCUCAAAGAAUGUGCAGUUGAUCCUUCCAUGCAUCCCCACUGCAUGUCAUGUGUGGACAGAAGGUAGAGCUAAAGUUGCAUCCAUACUGUGAAAAUCCACAGAAAGCCCGUUCUACAAAUCAGCUUUUUUACCAGGACACUUAAACUACCAGGACAUCAGAGAUUGGUUUGAUACUUCUAUCUUUUUUUACUUUGAUAUCAUCUUACAAGUUCUAGCAUGAGGAUAGCUAUAAAGCAGCUGGAGAAUGGAAAAUAUCUGUUAAAAAUCAAAUAUGACAUGUUCAUCCUGGAUAGGAAUGUGCUUCUCAGUUAUACAACUAUCGUUCUGUAUUUUAACUGCGUUUACAAGACAUGUCUUGUUACCUUCUUGGGAGUUCACACUCCCAAGGUUAUUUGACACUCCCUCAGGCUAUAAAUUACAAGCAUUUGCCUACUGAAGUGUGAUUUAUUAUUUUUAUAAAAAUGCCCAACCCUUACAUCUGAUGCUUAGCAGGAAAGAGGCUUCUUUGUGCACCAAGGCUUUAAAUUGUGAGCAGCCAUUUACUUACUGCUUUUACUUCUUUGGAUCGUGUUGUUCAAGGAUCUCGGUUCACUCCUCUCACCAUGAAGAGUUUUGCUCUCCUUUUCCUAGUUGUGAUCUGUGGCAUGGGAGGACUGGGACAGAAGCUGAAGCCAAAGAAAAGAAGCAAUGGUGAAGAAAUCAAAUUUCGGACUAAAACCAAAGAUGUUUGCACAAUAACCGUGAGGGGUGAUGAUGAGGAGAUGAAACUUAGAAUUGAAUGCAAAAGCCAAGGCAUGUCCUACUGGUGUGAAUUCACUGGCAAGCCAUCAGUCUGUCGUGCUUUCAGAAACAAUCCGAAGAUUUACUGGAAUCAGAUCGCUGCAGAACUCAGAAAGAUCCCGCACGCUUGCGAAUCCAUGGAAGUGUUGAAGACCACCAUGUGCCAAAAGGCUCCCCCAGAGGCUCUCAUGAGGCAAAUAGCUGCUGGUGUGGAGCCAGAAGAUCUAGCAGACCAGGAAAAAUCAGUCCAGAAAGCUUCCAUUCCUAUGAGGGAAGCAGGGCAAAACUCUAACCCAACCCAACAUGGUCAAGGGUCUGAAAAUGAAACAGAAGCAAUGAAACUGGCACGGGAACAUUGCUGGGAAUCUCUGCAUGGUGUCUGCUCCUACAUCAUUGGCAUCCUUAGGGGUUAAAGAUUUGCUUCAGAGCAAUGGUAUUACACCUGAAAAAGGGUCCUUGCUGCAUUGUAAUAAUUUAGAUGUAGGAAUUUUGCUUUAAAAUCAGUAAUUUCUUUAAGUCUUUUAGCUGUUUCCUUUUUAAAUGAAAUGCAACUUUUUAACAGCUCUGAAAAAUUCACAAAACCGGAGUGACUGUGCUUGAAAUGUUAGGAUGAACUAACUGCCCUUAGUCUUGUUACACACCAAGGUGUACUGCAUUUAUGUAACCUAGGAUCUGCUUGACCUUGCAUAGGUUUUUGUGUGUACUGACUUGCUUCAGUUUGUUAGAGAUGAAAGCUGUUAAUGAUAUAAUAUAGUUAGUGCAAACAAUAAAAAUAAGUUUUUUUGAAAA